UAGACAACCGCCUCCUCCUGCAGCUAUCGCCGCUGUGCACAAGUGCACUUGCUACCACCGCACAGGCAGCCAUGCAAGCGGCCCUGGGCAAGCACAUUUCGCCCAUUUCGCAUGCAAAUGCUAUCGGCAGGCCCGCACGCCGCAGCGCUGUGGUGCCACAGCGGCGCCUCGCGGUAGCAGCCGCCUCGCAGCAGCAGGGCCCCUCCAGCAGCAGGAGCGAGCGCCAGUUACCGCAACGGCGGCCAGCAGGCCCCGCGACGCUGGCCCAGCUGGCGGCGCUCUGGGCGGCGGCGGCGCUGCCAGCGCAAGCGUCCGAGGCGCUGAGCGGCGGCCCCCCAGCCUCCUCUUACUAUGUCUCCCUGGGCCUGUUCGUCAUGACCGUGCCAGGCCUCUGGUCCCUCAUCAAGCGCUCCCCAAAGGCCAAGAUCAAGCGCAAGACGUUUGAGGUGGCCGGACCAGGCAACCCCGCCGCGCUGCCGCUGGACGUGCGGGCGCGCCAGAUCUUUGAUUAUUUCAAGAAGUACAAUUACGAGGUGAAGGAGCGAGGGGAGGUCAUCACAUUUGAGGGCACCUAUGCAGCCUCCGCAAGCCAGGCGUCCGCGCUGGUGCUGUACACUCUGGUGGGGCUGGCCAGCACGGCGCUGGUGCUGAGCAUCACGGUGCCGCAGGUUGGGUCAUGGUGGUAUGCGCUGUGCGCGCUGUCCCCCGCCGCGGGCGCCUACUACUGGCGCAACGCGGAGCGCACCGAGGAGUUCAGGGUCAAGAUGGUGACCUCGGACGACGAGCAGACCACCGACAUUGUGGUGGAGGGGGAUGACGAGGAGAUUGAGCGGUUCUGGAAAGAACUGGGGCUGAUGGAGAAGGGCAAGGUGCUGGUGAAGGG